AUGACGGAGCGCGUGGAACCGCUUCCGCCGGGGCCAACGACACGCCGGGACGUGCUGGAGGACGAGGAGGAGCCCGGGAGCGGCCAGGACCAGGUCCUGACGGUCGACGGCCAGAUCAUGAAGCUGAGCGACGCGAUGGUUGCGGCCCAGCGGAUGUUCUGGGGCGGGUGCUUCGCCCUCCCGUGGCUCUGGGGCAUCUCCGUGUGGUUCUUCUGGCCCGAACUGAAGCGCCGAAGACACCCCGUGCUCCUCAAAUACGUCACGCGUGGAGCGGCGGGGUGUGCGGCGUGGAUCACGGUGCUCCUGGCGUGGGUGCUGGUGUACCAGAUAGGCCGCGAGAAGCUCCUCGGGAGCGCGUUCCGUAAAAUGGAUGUCCAGCGCUUCCCGAUCGAGGAGUUCGGGCUGUGA